AAGCCAUUUUGGCGACCGCCGGCGCAGUCAAUAGAAUUGGCGCCGUGGUCAGGUUUGGGCAGGCAAUCAUAAGAAUUGCUCCAGAAAGCCAGGGGUCCAAGCCAGAGUCCAGCGUUGUUAACUUGUACAGUUUUGCGGGCUGGGCUUUGGCGGUCAUCGUGCUCAACACGGAGUUGGCUUCCAGUUUGUAAUAUCUUGAAGCCCUUUGUCUGGACCAAUCGAGGAACUUGGGCGAAUCAAUGAUGGCUUUUGGCUCCCACGUGUUCUUCCUCCUGUGCCUUCUAGCGGAGGGGGCGCGUGAGUCGACUGACGAGGGUGUCUUCGUUCAGGUCUCGCGCGCGGGACAGACAGAUGCAGCUGCCACAGCCACAUGGGAAAGACAGCUGACAGAUGAUUUGCCAGCAGCAGGUCUGGCGGUGGGCAAAAGCCCGAACAUGUCAUUGGUCGCCACAGAUGUGAAAGUGAACCAGAGCGAGGAGAAGAAUGCCUCGUCCUCCAACAUCGUAGUGGUCUCUGGCUGCAUCAGAGAGACAAAUGAGAAGUACUCGGAGGACGGUUCUGAGCUGUGCAAGAUCGCCAAGAGAAACUUCCAGAACUACUGCGACUACCAAGGCUAUCGAUUAGUUUGGUUUGAUGAGAAGCAGCCCUUGGCUGAGCAUCGCAAAGCCACCUGGUCCAAGAUCGUGGCGCUUCAAAAGGUCUUGGAGGACAGUGUGGAGUUGGGCUCACCACGUGUGGACUACGUCUUUUGGAUGGACUGCGACUCGCUCUUCAUGAACUUUGCCAGGAGACUGGAGGACUUCAUCCCCAAGGUGGGCACUCACGUGAGUUUCAGCCCCGGGCAGUUCUGCUUCUUGAAUGCUGGACAUCUAAUGUUCAAGAAUGACGCUUGGACGGGUCGCUUUCUGGAAGAUGUGUGGAAGACCUACCCUCCGCCCAAGCCUUGGCAUGAGCAGUCGGCCAUGGUCUUCACCUUGUGGAGCUACGCGGAGGGCCGGGGGAAGAUGACACUCAGCUGA